GGCAGCAAACCGUCGAAGUAGAGCGGCGACCAUUUUCAAUAGAAGAAGAAAACUGUGCGUCGAUUAAACAGUUCCCCCUCUUCUUCUUUCCAAAACAGAGAGCAGUGCCAGGUUGGCACAGAGAAGAAGGAUGGAUGCUCUCGCACACAUGCUUACAGACCCUCUUGAUCCAAAAGAGGAAAACGAUGGGCAGAUCACAGAGGAGUGCAUGCUGGGCAACUGUAGAGUUAACCUUCCAGAGGACCUUCUUGAGGACCCUGAAAUUUUCUUCUCUGUGAUGAGUGAAAGCACCUGGAGUGAAGUACUGUCAGAUUCCCAGAGGCAGCACCUUCGCCAGUUUUUGCCACAGUUUCCCGACAACAACGUUGUGGAGCAAGACAGCACCAUCAGUGACCUUUUCAACAACAAAAAUUUCAACUUUGGAAAUCCACUUCAUCUUGCACAAAAACUAUUCAGAGAUGGUUACUUCAAUCCAGAGGUGGUCAAAUACCGACAAUUGUGUGCCAAGUCCCAGAAGAAACGACAGUUGCACUGCCUUCAACAAUAUUACCACAGACUGCUGAAGCAAAUUCUCGUCUCCAGAAAGGAGCUGCUGGACUUUGCAGUUCACAAUAGUCUGGACUUUCCACCAAGGAGAAGGUUACCAACCAAGACUCUUGCUGAAAUGCGCGAGCCAAGAGUGAGAAGAAGAUUAAGCCGCAUAAUGAAGGAGGUCAAAACUGAGUGUGGAGACAGCAACGCUUCAUCUGAUGAUGACGACAUAUUAUCAUGGACUCCAGCACCUCAGUCCCCAUCCUCUCCAACACCCACUGUUUCACUCAGAGUUCUUCCCAGCCUGUCCACCCAAGACAUGAAGACUACCGAAAAAAUAGAACUAGGUGAGCAUGACUUGAAAGUCAUGCUGCAAAACCAUCGGGAGAAGAGAAAACGGCAGCCAGACCAUCCAGACUUGAUAACCUCUGACAUUCACCUCGGAGACAUACUUUCAAGGGCAAAUAUUGGUCGGAAGGGGACCAUGCCACUCUUCGAUCUGUCUCUGCCUAAGAAGAAGAUGAGAGAUGAGAGAAGGAAGAAGAAACUGAGGACAAUAAAAGUGGAAUCUGAAGAUCCAUGUGAAACUCUUGCACCUUCAGACACUCCGUCAGCUCCACCAGUGAACCUCAUCAACUCCCUUCCUGACACACCGUCUACUCCACUGCAGAACAUCAAAGAGGAAAUUGUGGAGGAGUGUCAGAGCAGCCCGGUUAUAGUUGAGGAAAUAGCUGUCAGUUUCUUCAGCUUGCUGGAAAACAUCUUAAGGGCAGAAUGUCUUGCCAGUACUUUAACGUUGGAAGAGAAAGUUCAAAUGUGGCAGUCCUCUCCAGCCAGUUCCCUCAAUGUGUGGUUUUCAUCUGCCUCAUGUUGGUCUGACUUGGUUCUCCAAGCCCUGCAGUUUCUUGGAGGAGAGACUAAAGAUGGCAUGAUGGCACUCCCCAGCGGCUUUUCUCCAUUUGUGGAAUUUGUAGAUGAAUCUCAGCAGUGGAGGUGGAUUGGACCGACACAGGAUACAGAGAAGGAUCUCAGUGCACUCUGUCAGCUGUGGCUGGACUCCAAAGAUUUUGUUGUCAAGACAGAAAAUGAAGACAUGUUAGAGAUGACGUCUCCUACACCAAGACUUUCAACCGAUUAUGUGGUGCGGCCCAGUACUGGAGAUGAGAAACAAGUGUUUCAAGUUCAGGAGCAGCAACGAUACAAUCAGCCACACAAAGCUUUCACCUUCAGGAUGCACGGUUUUGAAUCUGUGGUGGGCCCCGUUAAAGGGGUGUUUGAUAAGGAGAUGUCUCUCAACAAAGCCAGAGAGCACACACUGCUCCGCUCAGACCGGCCCCCAUACGUCACCAUUCUCUCUCUGGUGCGGGAUGCAGCAGCCAGGUUACCCAAUGGAGAGGGAACGAGGGCAGAGAUCUGUGAACUGCUGAAAGAUUCACAGUUUCUUGCUCCAGAUGUCACUAGUGCACAGGUGAAUACAGUUGUCAGUGGGGCUUUAGAUAGACUUCACUAUGAGAAAGACCCCUGUGUGAAGUAUGACAUUGGCCGCAAACUGUGGAUUUACCUGCACCGCCAUCGCAGUCAGGAGGAGUUUGAGAGAAUCCACCAGGCACAAGCUGCAGCUGCAAAAGCAAGAAAAGCUUUACAGCAGAAACCUAAACCAACAUCUAAGCCUAAGCCUGGAAGUAAAGAUGGAGGCAGCAAAACCCCGGGAUGUCUGGAGGCAGGGCAGGAUAUAGGCUCUAAUCCCAUGUCACCUCUUCCUACAACACCCACUCCAAACACACCUGGAACCCCCAAGUCACCCCUGCCCUGCACAGCCACCACGCCAACAAAGACUGGAGUCCCAGAUGCAAUCAAAUCCAGCCCAGGUGUUCUUCUUGUGUCUCCUCCCUCGUUGCCUCAGCUGGGAACCAUCUUACCCACCAGCCAGGCUUGUCCACCAGCUUCACAGCCAGUUACAUCCCAGCAUGCCGCUCGGAUAGUGAGUCACCUGGCGACAGGCUCUCUCCCUCAGGUACGAGUGGUUUCUGCUCAACCAGGUCUGGGUUCUUCAGCAGGAAGCCAGCAAGCGACGCUGGUACAUCAGACCCCUCACCAGAUCAGGAUGCCAGUGUCAGUGGCAGCCAAGGGCAUUUCACAGGCGGUAGUGUCUGUGCCUCUAAGGAGUCAGUCUGCUAGUAGUCCAGUUCAGGUUCCAACAACUCUGUCUGUGUCAACUGUAACUGUGGCCAAACCUCAAACCGGAUCACCUGGUAGCCCCGCUAACAACCCCACGUCACCGGCUGUGCUACAAGGAGUCGCCAGUCCAAACAUCAAACAGGUUUCCAUCACAGGACAACUAGGAAUGAAGACUCCAGGAGGAGCAGGAAUUCCAAUUACGGCUACAAACCUUCGUAUCCAGGGUAAAGAUGUCUUACGCCUCCCGCCAUCCUCCAUUACCACAGAUGCUAAAGGCCAGACAGUGCUGCGGAUCACCCCAGAUAUGAUGGCAACUCUUACCAAAUCUCCAGUUGCAACUGUCAAACUGACAUCUGACUUUUUGGGCACUGCUGCCUCAGGAAGCAAGAGCAUAUCGGCUACUCUUCAUGUGACGCCACCCCACCCUUCACCGUCCUCUGCCUCCAGUGCUUCGUCCUGUACAGGCGAUGUACAGACCACUAAAGCAGGCCCCGUCACCUCGACCUUGCUGAAGGCAGCAGGAGACACGGCCAUACGUUUGAUGCCCACGUUGGCCGUCAGUGUCGCUGAUCAAAAAUCUAGGACCUUCUCCACCGUGACCUCUCCUGACAAGAGUGGCGCCACCAUUCGGAUAAUGCCAGGCCUUGGUGUGAUCCCACAGAAACAGGGUCAGACCAUCACAAUGACAACCACCACUGGCAGCAAACCACUCACCGCGUCCACAUGUGCUAACGUAGUGACAAUGGCUGCCAGUGUUGUUGCUGGUGCGAAGGGGAUCACAGUGGCUCCUGGAGCUUCAGGCUCACCUCUGACACUGGGAACAGCUACAGCUGCUGUGCGGCAAGUCCCUGCUACAGUUGUUACUACACAAACGGGGAAACUACCUGCGCGGAUCACUGUGCCUCUCUCUGUCCUCAACCAACCGCUGAAGAGCAAAAGUGUUGUGACGACACCCAUUGUGAAGGGGAGCCUUAACACAAAUAUCAGCAGCCUUGGCAGGAACAUCAUCCUGACCACUAUGCCGGCUGGAACGAAGCUGAUCGCGGGAAACAAACCAGUCAGUUUCGUCACGGCGCAGCAGUUUCAGCAGCUCCAGCAGCAAGGACAGGCCACACAGGUUCGUAUCCAGACAGUUCAGGCGCAGCAGCUCCAGCAGCACAUGGCAACAGGCUCCCCGAAAUCCGUUUCAACAGUUGUAGUUACGACGGCACCUUCACCCAAAUGUGCCCCUGAUCCUCCCCCUGCUCCUCAACAGUGAUCUCAUGUUGUUGGGUAUCAAUGAAUCUUAGGUCCAGUGUGUUAUAUAUGUUAAGAAUUAUGUGUUUGUUUUAUUGUUGGAAGUUGGAUAAUGCCCACAAAGCUCUAAUUUUUCCUCAAUCAUUGACCCUGGACUUGUGUUCAGAUUUGCAUGAUUUCCAGGUAACUAGCAUCAUGUCUCAUUCUGAAAUUUGUCUGUCAACAAAAUCUCCGGAAUUUCAGUUUUUUCAUUGUUAUACUUAAAAGAAAUUGUAACAAUAAUAAGGCAGAUCGCAGUCUUUGCAUAGAAAUUCCACUGCGAGGUUUGUUCUUUCCUUCAGUGGUUGACUAACUCUGUAAAGAACUAAUUUCUCAGUUCUGUUUGUCACAUCUUUAAAUGUUUCAUAUGAGGUAUUGUUAGCAAAUAUGCAGUAAGUGGGAGUUGUUCUGACUUAUUUUAGUGUUUGUGAUUUACUUGUAAAUAUACUAUUUGUUCUCUUACAAA